GGCGUCAUCGCCCAAGCCGCAAUCGCCGAAGCUCGCUUGGGGUUCGGCGCUUCUCCCAUCUCGCCGCGCGUGGGCAAGCUUUGCUUCAGUCGGGAGAGAAAGAGAGAGAGAGAGAGAGAGAGAGAGAGAGAGCGAGAACGGAGGUGGUGAAUCCGCUCGGGUUUCUACGAAAUUGGGUUGGAUUUUAGACAGCGUCGGUGUCGGCGCUGGGCUUGUAGACCAGAUAGAUCUUGCAAGUUCAGGGGGUUUCUGGGGGAUCUGUGUUGUUUUUGAUUUGUGGGUUGUGCCAGUUUCCCGUGAAGAUCGUUUGCAAGCUGGGAUACAAAUACAGCCCUGGGUACUGGUACUCGGAGUUGUGGAAGGAGGGCGAGCCGGCAGAUGUUAAGCCUGGCAUCAUGUUUAUCGUAGAUUGGUUUUAUGGCUUUCUUGCGAGCAUAGGUUUGUGGCAGAAGGAGGCCAAAAUCUUGUUCCUGGGUCUUGACAAUGCCGGGAAGACGACACUUCUGCACAUGCUCAAGGAUGAGAAACUGGGGCAACAUCAACCAACGCAGUAUCCAACAUCUGAAGAAUUGAGCAUCAAUAGGGUGAAGUUCAAAGCAUUCGAUCUAGGUGGUCACACGAUUGCUCGACGUGUGUGGAGGGACUACUAUGCUAAGGUGGAUGCUAUCGUUUACCUUGUCGACGCAGUUGACAAGGAGAGGUUUCCUGAAUCAAAGAAAGAACUCGACUCCUUGCUCUCGGAUGACUCGCUCUCCCAAGUGCCUGUGCUGGUCCUUGGCAACAAGAUUGACAUCCCUUACGCUGCCUCCGAAGAUGAAUUGCGGUACACACUCGGCCUGACCAUGACCACUGGCAAAGGAACGGUGAACCUGAAGGAUAGCAACAUCCGGCCCAUUGAGGUUUUCAUGUGCAGUAUAGUGCGUAAGAUGGGUUACGGCGAAGGGUUCAAGUGGAUGACGCAGUAUAUUAAAUGAUUGUUUGCAAUAGACAAGGAAAGUAAUUUUUGGUGUACCAGGGCCAUUAAUAGUGAUUGCAGUUUUGGUGGAUGUGCAUCUGAAUGGGAAUAUUUUGGUUUCCGGACAGUUUUUGACCUUACGAAUCAUGAAGUAAAGUGAAUCCUAUGGAUACCAGUUAUCUA